GAAAUCCGAGUUCUCUACAGCACUGCCAUGGUGGACAGGUCAGCUGACCACAUUGAGCCAAUCACAGUGCAGACAGUCACAGAGCACCUGCGACACCAUGUGACCAUCCUGGAGUGUGAUGUCUUUGGUUACCUCAGCAUAGAGGGAGAUCUGGUGAUUCUUAUAAAAGCAAUUACAAAGUCCCCUACACCUCUUCAGGUCCAGGCAUGCAACACGGAGGCAGAAAAAAUAGCAUCCCUCAUCCAACUUAAAAGUCCCUGCAUUAUGUCUGAUCUUGUGCUAUCACCUCUCAUCACAGCAGACAUACGGAGUGCUCAAAUACAGACCUUGAACAGUGCAGCCAAUCAAAUCCCUUCAUUGCAUUUACUGCUGCUUACCUCACUGGUGGUGGCUCUGGUAUCCAGGGCAACAGACUGUAGCUAGGAAUGCUGGGAAAUAUAUGAAUCUCAGGUGGAUGUAAGCAGUAUAUGAUUUCUCUUAAAAAUAAAUGGGCUUUUGAGAAGAUGACACUUUGAAAAGUGAAUAAGAUGAAGAAAUUAUUGCACCAGCUGCUUUCUCUACUUUAUAGUCAGGGUAAUUCAGGCCCUAUGCAUUCCAAAGACUAAGAUAGUGUCAUACACAUCUUGAUAGGUCAUCCUCGAAAAACAUGGCACUACCAUGAAUUUUCUUCCAUCUUUUGAAAAAGCGUGGGCGUUAUAGAUGAGAAUUUCCUGUUCAAAGACGGAAAACUAAUUUUUAUGUUCACACAAUUCUGAAAAGGGACAGAGGUUCUUUGGAUGGAUGGAGUUUGUGAUGUGAUACCUCAAUUAAGUGCCUUUACUGAUCAUUCUACAGAAUGUUCAUACUAUGCAUGUUAAUUGGAAAUGAUUCCAAACUGGACUUUUUUUAACAAGACUGUGCACAGUGCCACUUUUUAUCUGUUUAUAAAUUUAUUUAUUUUAUUAAUAUUAUUAUCCUCUUUAUUAUUAUUUACAACUUAGUGCAGUUGUGGAAAUUUUCACAAAGUGUCUAAAGCGAAAAUUUCACCUUAAUGAAGUAUAUAAAUGAGAAGAACUGUAUUGUCACAGAAGCAUCGGAAAAUGGGGAGAGGAUUUCUUCUGUGAAUAUGAUAUGCAAGCUGUUAAGACAUGUAUGUCUGUGCCAGCUUUCAUAUCAAGAAAAUAAGAAGAUAGAUGGUUUUGUAUGCAUAAACUACUUAUUCUUCAAUGAGGCAGCAGUGAAGUAAAAUGAAAUUGCAAGUGGAGGGAACACUUGCACCCAGUAUCUGAUAAUCAAAAUAUCGAGAGGAUGAACGUGAGUCAACUUGUGGAUGCUGUUCAAAUGAGAAAUGUUAUUAUAUAAAUCCAGUUGUUCAGGAAAUGCAUUUGGGUAAUGUUAUCGUUAGGGCUGUCUUGAAAUAAGAACCCUUGUAACGUCUGCUGCUGUUAUUUGAAAAGAUUGAUAACGUAGACGCGAACUGACUUUUGGCAUUUUUGUAAGCAGUGGCUUUUUUUAAGGCAUUUAAAAUAGAAUCUUGUGUUACAAAGCUUUAAAUUAGAACAGUUUUCUCAUUAGGUAAUACAUAUGUACAUACAUGCAUUUGAUAAUCAUUUUGUACAUAAAAGUCAGUUAUAUGAAAUACAGAGAUGACACAAAAGAUCUGAAAUUAAAUAGAGAAAAGAAUAAUAUAAAAUGCAUCACUUCAUUCAUAAUAUAACAUAUUGUGAUUAAUAUAAUAUACAUGUUGCAUUUUAUGAUAACUUUUCAGCCAAUUAUCUCAUUCAUAUUUGUACAGGGAGGCUUUAGUGUUUUAGAUGCCAUUUUUAUCACCUGUUAUAUGCACAAAUUGUAUUAUUUUAACUAGAGCUGUGAGGACCAUGUAGAAGUUUGUAGAAAUAUUGAGUGGCCUUAUUUUCCUGAAUAUGGACGAGGAGAUAUGUUGUUUAUCUUUUAAAGAAUAGGUAUUCAAGAAAUGGAAAUAUUUAUUUAUUAAUUACAACAAACAUCUAGAGUUGAGUGCCAUCUUUGAUCCAAGUGAAUUAAAAUAUUAUAAUUAUCAUUGUUAUGAACUUUUGGAAACCAUGGUUUUAGGGGUCACCU